AUGCAACUCUUGAUUGUUCUAUCCCUUGCCUUCCUAGCAGCAUGCCUCGUCUACUCAAGGUGGAAACCACGUAGCAAUAGCAAGUCCCCUCCGGGGUCGCCUUGUCUUCCGAUACUCGGAAACAUGCUCCAACUUGGCCGAAACCCCCACAAGUCCCUCGCCCGCCUCUCCAAAACCUACGGCCCCUUGAUGUCCCUCAAGCUCGGCAACCAACUCGCCGUGGUCGUCUCCUCGCCCGAGCUAGCAAAAGAAGUGCUCCACAAACAAGGCCUCGUGUUCGCCAAGGCGUUCACACCGGUCGCGGUGUGCGUGCUCGGCCACGACGAGGUCUCGAUGCCCAUGAUCCCCGCCAGCUCCGAUCAAUGGAAGAAACUGCGAAGAAUAGCAAGAGAGAAGCUCUUCUCCAAUCCAGCUCUCCAAGCCAGCCAAGAAAUCAGGCUGGAGAGGCUGCGAAAGCUCGUCGAAUACAUCAGUAAAUGCAGCGGAGAGGGCCGAGCAAUAAACGUCGGAGAAGCCACCUUCACCACCAUGACAAAUCUCAUGUUUGCUACCCUUUUCUCCAUCGAACUUGUCGAGUACGCCUCCACCGAUGCUGUAAGGAAUUCUUGUAUUCAUCUAAUGAGCGCAGCGGAAAUUGCAUACAAGAAUACAGAUCUAGAUUAA